GGAGAUCGGAAUUUAUAUACACCACAUGCCUGCUUCCUCCUUACUGCCUUAAACAAAGGAGAUCGGAAUUGCCGGUACUUACGAUAAAUUACCAACGACGUCGAGUUCCUAUUGGGUUAACACUAGAUCUGAUUUUUAGCUUUCUUCAAGUUAAAUGUUGGGGCGAUGAGUUUGGGAAGUUUAUAAUAUAUCCUGAUGGACAUGUACACGACAUGGCAGAAUCGCAAAGUUCUGAUGAUGGCUCCCCAUGUUGGUUUAAACGUUGUCGAUUACAAAUUGCUGGCUGUCAAAGUGUCUGCUUCUAAAUAAGUUGAGGUCUACCAAAUGUCAAGACUGGGCCUGCCUAUCACGGUUGACAUAUUUUACUACUAUUUGAAUUGAAUUGACAACAAAUUUGCAUUCAAGGGACUCGAAGAGGUUUUUAAAUUAGCUUGUGAGUCACAAGAUGAAUCUGCGAAGCAGCGCUAAAGCAACCCGGUAUGAGCAGAAGGCUAAUGAUCGUACUACUUGUCAAAAGGCCGUUGGGUUGGUGUAUAAUGACAUUAUGAUGAAGCAUAUUGGUCCCAAAGGCCACUGGGAGAAACCUGAAAGGAUAAAAGCAAUAUGGCAACAUCUGAAGAAAAACCGAUUGGAUUCCAGAUUGCAACAUUUGCCAUGUCUAGAAGCACUUGAAGAAUGGAUAGAGCGAGUACAUUCACAGCAGUACUUCCAAGAAGUAAUGAAGUGUGAAGUCAGCAAUCGGGAAAGAAAGAAUAUACUUGAGAAGUAUAAUAAUGUAGAUUCUCAUGACAUGUACUUAAGCCGAGGUUCUCGUGAAGCCAUGCUCAAUGCAGCGGGUGGUGUUGUAACAGCGGUCCAAGAGGUUGCAAAUCGAACUGUUCAAUCAGCUUUUGCCGUGGUCCGACCUCCCGGACACCAUGCUUCUAGGGAGAAAGCCGAAGGUUUUUGCUGGUUGAACAAUAUGGCUAUUGGUGCAACUUUUCUUCUUGAUGUGAAAAAAUAUAACAAAAUAUUGAAAGUUGAUUGGGAUCACCAGGGGAAUGGUAUCAGAGCAUAUUCGAGAGUGAUCCCAGAGUUUUAUAUUUCUCAAUCCAUAGAUAUGGGACGCGUAAGGAGCCUUUUUACCCCAGGACAGGAGAUUUUAAGAAAACAGGCAGCGGAGAUGAAUUGGGGUAUACCAUCAAUGUUUCGCUCGUGGGCAGGCUUGGGAUUUAAUAUUAUUACCCAUUGCCAGACAAUAUAAGCCUCAAAUUAUUCUUAUAUCCGCAGGAUUUGAUGCGGGUAAGAAAACAUAUGUUAGGCUUAUCUAUUUUGUUUAUACAAUUUCAUAUAAGGUUAUAACAAUAAUUCUUUUCCUUUUACACAACGGUUGGAGACCCCAUUGGUCUUUCCUCUAUUACACCAUCGGGUUUUGCGAUGUUGGUCAAGAAGGUAUAUGUUCUUUACUUUUAUUUUCUGCUUUCAUGUUCUGCUGGGUCAGUUUAAGGUAGAUUCUUAUUUUCCAUUUUUUAUUCUCUAUUGUUUAUCAGCCGUACAUCUUGAAUUUUAGCACCUUUCAGUGGCAUUAUAAUUUUGUUUACAAUAGGCGAUGAUGACACUCCGUCAUAAUAUAACAACUCUGAUGCCCCUACUUUCACUCUUGCAUCAUUGUUAUUUAGAGGGAGCCAUUUACAGGCUUAUGCAAAAGUCAGACAUGCAAUUUUAAAUUUUGAUUCUCUACUUUUGUUUUGGAUGUUUUAGGAAGGCUUGCAUGGUGUAGAAAUGUUAUCAGAUUUUUCUCUUUUUGCUGCAUAGGCAAAUAGAAGCCUUUUGAAUAUUCCCCCUAAUCUUAACAACACAAUUCACAUAAAACCACUCCACCCUCCAAUUUAGGAGGCUGCUAUAGGAUGUUUUAGGAAGGCUUUCAUGGUGUAACUAACAAAAUAUUUCCCCUCACAAAAAUCACCACAUUUGAAUUCCAAUCGAUAAUUUUGUGAACUCCUAUGUUAAAAGGAAAUUCAUAAGAAUGAUAUCUAUCAGUUAUGGGGAAGUUUGGUAGCAUGAGAUCUAUUUUAGACUAUGGUUGGGUGUUUUAUUUGUCCUUCAAAAUAAGAACCAUUGCAAAUUAAGUUUUACCUAACAUGCUUGGUAUGGAUCACUUUUCAGAUUUAUAGAUAUAUAUUUUUUGAUUCGGUUCAGCUCAUGCAAAUUAAAGGAAAAAUAGUACUUGUUCUGGAAGGAGGUUACAACUUAGAAGUAUUAUCUACAUGUGUCACAAUGUGUAUUCGUCAACUUUUAGGGGAUGAUGGAACCACUUAUAUAGACCGAUCAAUUGAACGGGAUAAUGUUAAAGAACAAAUUCAUAAGGUAAUCUUUAAGCAAAAGCAUAAAUCUUAUACUUUCUUGAUUUUUUUUCUUUCUAAUAUUGUUAUUGAAAAACAGGCUCAGUCUUAUCUUGCGAAAAAGUUUCCAAACCUAUGACAUAUUUGGUUGAAAAUAACCAAGAGAGCGUUUCUAGGUUCAAUGUAAGGUCUAAACAAAUUCUUUUUGUCUCAAUUAAUAUCUUCAUGUGGCUUUUUUUGUAUAUUUUAACUAUUUUAUUCUGUUUCCAUCAACAACCCGUGCCAGGUUUGGGUGCAAGCGUUCAGGUUUGUUCCUUUUAUAAAAAGAGAUAAUAUCUAUUUUGCCCAUUUAUCGUUGAUUAAUAUGCGUUCAUAGACAGCGCCAUAGAUUUAUUAUUAUUAUUAUUAUUAUGGUUAUUAUAUACUAUAUAUAUUGUAUUCAUGAUUAUUUUUAUUAUAAUUAUUAUAGUAAUAAUUCAUGUAGUUUUGUGGUUUUUAUUAUCAUAUGCUUUGUUCCUGAGUAAGUUAACUCACUAUUUGGUGGCAACACUGUCGAACCAAAGAUAUCCAAUACUCUACAGCAGUAUACCGAUCCAGGCCUUUUUGUGUCGCUGGUACACAAGACUCAAACGGCCUGGAUCAGUAUACUGCUAUAGAGUAUUGAAUAUCUUUGGUUUGACAGUGUUGCCACCAAAUAGUGAGUUAACUUACUCAGUAACAAAGCAUAUAAUAAUAAAAACCACAAAACUACAUGAAUUAUUACUAUAAUUAUAAUAAAAAUAAUCAUGAAUAUAGUAGUAUAUAGUAUAUAAUAACAACAACAACAACAAUAAGUCUAUGGCACUGUCUAUGAAUGCAUAUUAAUCAACGAUAAAUGAAUAAAAUAGAUAUUAUCUUUUUAUAAAAGGAACAAACCUGAACGCUUGCACCCAAACCUGGCACGGGCUGUUGAUGGAAACAGAAUAAAAUAGUUAAAAUAUACAUAAAGACCACAUGAAGAUAUUAAUUGAGACAAAAAGAAAUUGUUUAGGCCUUACAUUGAACCUAGACACGCUCUCUUGGUUAUGUUCAGCCAAAUAUGUCCAUAUGUUUGGAAACUUUUUCGCAAGAUAGGACUGAACCUGUUUUUCAAUAACAAUAUUAGAAAGAAAAAAAUCAAGAAAGUAUAAGAUUUAUGCUUUUGCUUAAAGAUUACCUUAUGAAUUUGUUCUUUAACAUUAUCACGUUCAAUUGAUCGGUCUAUAUAAAUGGUUCCAUCAUCCCCUAAAAGUUGACGAAUACACAUUGUGACACAUGUAGGUAAUACUUCCAAGUUGUAACCUCCUUCCAGAACAAGUACUAUUUUUCCUUUAAUUUGCAUGAGCUGAACCGAAUCAAAAAAUAUAUAUCUAUAAAUAUGAAAAGUGAUCUUACCAAGUAUGUUAGGUAAAACUUAAUUUGCAAUGGUUCUUAUUUUGAAGGACAAAUAAAACACCUAACCACAGUCUGAAAUAGAUCUCAUUCUACCAAGCUUCCCUAUAACUGAUAGAUAUCAUUCUUAUGAAUUUCCCUUAAACAUAGGAGUUCACAAAAUUAUCGAUUGAAAUUCAAAUGUGGUGAUUUUUGUGAGGGUAAAUAUUUUGUUAGUUACACCAUGAAAGCCUUCCUAAAAUAUCCUAUAACAGCCUCCUAAAUUGGAGGGUGGAGUGGUUUUAUGUGGAUUGUGUUGUUAAGAUUAGGGGGAAUGUUCAAACGACUUCUAUUUGUCUAUGUAAUAAAAAGAGAAGAAUCUGAUAACAUUUUUACACCAUGCAAGCCUUCCUAAAACAUCCAAAACAAUAGUAGGGAAUCAAAAUUUAAAAUUGCAUGUCUGACUUUUGCAGAAGCCUGUAAGUGGCUCCCUGAAAAUAACAAUGAUGCAAGAGUGAAAGUAGGGGCAUCAGAGUUGACGGAGUGUCAUCAUCGCCUAUUGUAAACAAAAUUACAAUAUCACUGAAAGGUGUUAAAUUCAAGGUGUACGGCUGAUGAAUAAUGGAAAAUAAGAAUCUACCUUAAACUGACCCAGCAGAACAUGAAAGCAGAAAAUACAAGUAAAGAACAUAUACCUUCUUGAGCAACAUCGCAAAAACCGAUGGUGUGAUAGAGGAAAGACCAAUGGGGUCUCCAACCGCUGUGUAAAAGGAAAAGAAUUAUUGUUAUAACCUUAUAUGAAAUUGUAUAAAUAAAAUAGAUGAGCCUAACAUAUGUUUUCUUACCCGCAUCAAAUCUUGCGGAUAUAAGAAUAAUUUGAGGCUUAUAUCGUCUGGCAAUGGGUGAUAAUAUUAAAUCCCAAACCAGACAAUAUCCUUUAUCGUUAAAAUCUUUGCCCACGAGCGAAACAUUGAUGGUAUACUCCAAUCCAUCUCCGCUGCCCGUUUCCUUAAAAUUUCCUGUCCUGGGGUAAAAAGGCUCCUUACGCGUCCCAUAUCUAUAAUGUCAAUUAAAAUCAUUAAAACAACUUCCGAAUAUCAAUUAAGAAUUAUAGAUUACCAUUAAAUAAGAAAAUUUAAUGAGCUCCAUGCUUACAUUUUCUUUCACGACAUCUAAUUUUUAUGCUAAAUGUAUUCGCCAUAGAACAGUAGAAAAAUGCUUAAGCCUUGAGCUAUACAUUUUGUCAACUAAAAUAACUAGACCAACAUCAGAAGUCAGAAAAAGACAAACUAGUACAAAACAUCUGACCAUGGGCGUGAUUGUGAUAUGGCAUCUGACCAUGGGCAUGAUUGUGAUAUGGCAUACUUUUUUUUAUCACGACAGAAGGGUCUCAUCCUUGAGAGACACCUUAGGUGUGGACCUUGUCUAUGUCUUCUGAUGUUUUUUGUUCUUUUUUCCCUCAAGUUAAGCCUAAAAUUAUAUGAUCUUGUUGGCGAAGUAAAGUCCCUGUUUAUGCUAAAAAUAAUAGUCCUAGCCUAUGAAGCACGGAUACUUCGCUAGGGUAGCGUAUCAAAUACGUUCCUGUAUUCGAUAAUCUAAGAUACCCGUACCAAACGUUUUCGGGCCGUAUCUGCAAUUUUUAAAAGUUUUCAUUUUUUUUUGUAAUUUUUUGAAAGUUUCCGAUACUCGUAUCCGGACGGAUACCCGUAUCAACUUUUUUAUAAAAAAAAUUCCAAAAUUUACUUAAUAAAAUUCUAAAAAAAAAAUGAAAAUCUAAAACUACAUUUUACUUGGUAAUCAAAUAAUGGGCCUAUAUGGCUAUAUCCGAAUUAAGUUAUUAACUCAUACUCUGAAUCGGAUACUUGCACUUUUAAUUUCAAGAUUGUAGUUGUUUGACUAUAUUUAUAUUUCGAGACUAGUGUAUAUGAGAAAUAUUAUGAAUUUAUUACUAAGUAUUUUGAAAAAGGAAAAUGCUUCAAUGCAAUGAAUGGGUAGACAUAAUAGGAUAUUAUAUGUGUGUGUGUGUGUGUAUAUAUAUAUAUAUAUAUAUUCAAAAAAAAACUAUUUUUAAUAUUUAUAAAUAGACCCCUAUAACUUUUAAUAUUUGUAAAUACACCCUCAUAACUUUUAAUAUUUAUAAAUAUGGCCUCAUAUUCGUAUCCUACUUUUUUUUUGUUUUGACGUAUCCCCGUACCCGUUUCCACGUUUCCGCGUACCGGUAUCGGUGCUACAUAGGUCCUAGCCAUCAAAUAAAUAGACUCUCAAUCUAUAGAAAUGUUUGUGUUAGUAAUAGGAAAAAUAGGCCAUGGUAAUCCCAACAAUGUCUAAGGUUUAGAGAGGGUAGUUUUGAGUGUUAAGCAGGGGCGGUUUGUUUUGGGGAGGCAAGGCCCAAGCCUUGAGGUGCAAUGAGGGCGUGAGGCAUAAGCCUGAAAUUCCAACAAAUAAUAAUCCUACUACAUUCAACGGAAUAAAGAAAAAUCCAAAAAAUAGAGUAAGUUACGUUAUGUGGGUCCAACAUUUUAGUAGCAAACCUGUACACUUCAUGGAUCUGAUCCUAUCAUUAUUUAUAUACAUGACGAGGGUAGUAAAUCUCUGAAUAGAUUUAAUUGUAAACGGUUAUGUUUAAACUAAAGAUAUGCACAAUUAUAAGUCCGGAAAGUCUCAAUCACAAACACAUAAUUGGAUCAUAUCAUCACAUAUCAUAAAUCUUAUUCAAGAUUAAACACAAGGAUUGGAUCACACAUCAACAAAACACAAAAAAAGACACAAUUUGGAUUUGGAAAUCAUAAUGUUUAACCCAAAUCUGAAAAACUAAAACUUACAUUGCCUCGUACGUCCAGGCGUUUCCCUUGAGACAAUAUCUUGAGGCGGUUUUCCUUUGUUCUAUCUUUCUAAUGUAGUUGUAACUUAAAAAGGUGCAGAGUUUUUUUAUCGAGGUGCAGAGUAUUUCAUUUAAUAAAAGGGUCAUACAUUAACUGUUGACGGCAAUGUUAUAAGAUACAAUUGUGCAAUACGGAGGAGUUAAUAGAAGCCAUGAUGGUCUUGUUUAAAAAUAGAUUAUAUUUUGCUAGUAUU